CUCUACCAAACUAUCCUUCCAAAAUCUCCAGCCUAUAACCGAUAUCACCACAGCACUACGAUCCAAAAUGCCCACCAAAAAGGUCCUCAUCGUCCUCAGCGACGCCAACUCCUUCCCGCUGAAGAAGACCUCCGGCGCCGACGCCGGCCAGACGGUCGACCAGCCCUCGGGCUUCUUCCUGAUGGAGCUGGCCAAGCCCCUCCAGAAGCUCCUCGACGCCGGCCACGAGGUCACCUUCGCCUCGCCCCGGGGCCAGGAGCCCGUCCCGGACCCCAACAGCGAGUCGCUGCUGGCCUUCGCGGGCAACUUCUACGAGCGCCGGCGCGAGAACGCGCUCAUCGAGCGCAUGAAGCGCGAGAACGGGUUCGGCCGGCCGCGCCCCCUCGCCAGCAUCAGCGACGAGGAGCUGGCCUCCUUCGCCGGCGUGUUCAUCCCCGGCGGCCACGCGCCGCUGGCGGACCUCGGCGACAACCCGGACCUCGGCCGCAUCCUGCGCUACUUCCACCGCGAGAACAAGCCGACGGCGGUGAUCUGCCACGGGCCGUAUGCGCUGCUGAGCACCAAGUUCGCCGGGGACGGCGACUUCGUCUACAAGGGGUACCGUGUCGCCUCGUGGAGUGAUGUGGAGGAGAAGGCGAUGGAGACGUUGCUCGGGGGGGAGGUCGAGAAGGUCGAGUCGCGCUUGAGGGAGGAAGGCGCCGUCAUGGAGACGGGCUUGUCGGAGAAGGUCGGCUACACUACCCUCCAUCGCGAGUUGGUGUCCGGCGGUAAUCCCAUGGCGGCGGAUGAGUUGGGCGAGCGGUUCUUGAAGAUGAUCAGUGUUUGAGGGCUGGUUGGUGUUGACUGUUGUACAUAUUAAUGAUUAGUGUAAUGAUGAUAUGAUG